UGUUACACUGACAUAAAAGUAACAUACAGUGUAAGAAAUCACAUUGCAAGGCUGUUUUGCUGGUAUUUAUGGGACUGUUUUAAUAUUCACAUUUUCUGUUUACUGUAGUUCAAUGAAGAGCACUGACUAUAAGAAAUUACUGUCUACAGGAAGCAUGCUGCUUAAAGCAAAACUCGGAGGUGUGCAGAAAUUUGUUAGAGUAUCUGAGCCAAGCCUUAAGGAGUUUUUGAUUGCCGCAUUUGCAAAGUUUGGUGCGCCAGCCGUAACAGAAGGAGUGAAAGUUUUUGAUAGUUCAGGGACUGAGUUGGAUGAGGAUGUAUUUGAGGAUAUAGUAACAGAUCCCUCAACCGGGGUACUAACCAUCAAAUAUGAAACAGAUCUGGAAACAUCUGUUGCAGAAGUGUCUCCUGAGCAGUUCCAGUUAUCAUCGCCACAUUCAUCAGAUUCACAGGAUACGGUCAUCCUUUCAGACAGCCCUUUGAGAAAACGUCAGAAACUGGAUGCAGAAGCUAAGCAAUUGGUGGAAUCCAUUCUCACCAGCAAACCUGGUGGAGAACGUAUAAUAAAUGAGUACAAUCGGACCAAGUCCCUGGUGGAUGAAACCAGAAGAAAAAUGCCCAUUCUGUUGUCCACCAUCUCCUGUCGAUGCUCUUUAGGAAGCCCAGUGGCACAGCUCUCUGCGGGUCGUCAGCUGGAGGCGUUCUCCACUCACUGA